AUGUCUCCUGCUGCUGCCACGGGUUACACGAACGGCUCGAGCACCGCGCUCAACGGACUCAAGAAGUCUAAUGACCGUUCCAACCUCGUUCCCUUCUCAUCGAGGCUCAAGGAAGGCAGGGCACUGGCCGAAGAUGUGUGGUCCAUCUUCAAUGCCGCCAAUUUGCCCGCGGACUGUCUCAACCUAGGGCAGGGCUACAUGAACUUUGCGCCCCCAACGUGGGUGAAAGAGGCGGCUGAGGAGGCCUUGAACCACGUCGCCCCUAACCACUACUCACACCCGAAAGGUCGAAUGCGCCUUCGGGAGGCGAUCAGAGAUGUAUACGGUCCUCAGCUCGGGCGGAACCUCGACGUAGAGUCCGAGAUCCUGGUCACGAGUGGGGCGAACGAAGGACAGUACUCCGUGUUUGUCGCCUUCCUGGAGCUGGGGGACGAGGUGAUCAUGUUCGAGCCGUUCUUCGACCAGUAUCUGCCGUCUGUGACCUUCAACGGUGGCGUCCCCGUUUUCGUGCCCCUCCAUCCCGACUUCUCGGCUGAGAAGCCCACGAGCGACGACUGGAAGAUCGACUUCGACGAGCUGGAGCGCGCGAUCUCGCCUCGCACGAAGAUGAUCAUUGUAAAUACCCCACACAAUCCUGUCGGCAAGGUCUUCACGCGUGAAGAGCUCGAGAAGAUCGCUGCCCUCGCUGAGAAGCACAACCUGCUUGUGAUGGCAGAUGAAGUGUACGAUUUCCUUGUUUUCGACAACAAAGAGCACGUCCGCAUCGCGACACUCCCAGGCAUGUGGGAUCGCACUGUCACAGUUGGCUCUGCCGGGAAGUUGUUCUCUGCUACGGGUUGGCGCAUUGGCUGGCUCAUCGGGCCCCCGUCCAUCAUCAGGCCCACGCUGGCCGCCACGACACGCAUUGUGUUCUGUACCAACUCACCGUUCCAGGAGGCUGCCGCUGCCGGUCUGGAGCAGGUCGAAAGGCGCGACUUCUUCGCACAGCAAGUGCGGGAGUAUGAUGAGCGGCGCCUGGCGCUUACCGCGGGAUUCGACAAGCUUGGCAUGAAAUACUCGCAGCCCGAGGGCAGCUAUUUUGUCCUGCUGGACGUUUCCAACGUCACAUGGCCUGAGGACUACCCAUUCCCCCAGAGCGUGCGUGGCAGAGGACGAGACUUCAGGGCAUGUUGGUUCAUUGCUAUGGAAGUUGGCGUGUCUUCGAUCCCCGUCAGCGAGUUCUACUGCGAGGAGCAUUGCUCGAUUGGCGAGAGUUAUGCUCGUUUCGCCUUCUGCAAGGACGUCGAUACUUUGCGACGCGCCGCCGACCGUCUGCAAGCUCUCAAAAAAUACUUGAAGUAAAGUUGACAACCACUAACAAAAAGGAGUCUCGCGUCCUCUUGCAUAUACCUUACCUGUGUUCUUCAUAUUUGUACUAUCUUUCGCUUGCUAUAGAUCAUGUCACUUCCUU